CACGAGUCCAGCACGUAUCUUAUCAGUGACGGGCCCCCUUCAAGUUCCCUUCGAUCUUCUGCCCUUUUCCCACUCCCCACAACAGGAUGCCGCCAGAUCGACAGCCGCGUGUGCAGCGCAUUGUUCGCGUCCGCACAGGAUGUUGGUCCUGCCGGCGUCGAAAGAAGAAGUGCGACGAGCUCCGACCGAUCUGCUCGGGGUGUCGGCGGAACGACCUGCAGUGUGAAUGGCCCUCGACGGUACCGGGAAGGAGGAACUCCGGCCCGGAAAACGACAUGACCGGCUAUAUACAUGUGGAUAGACGAUCUAGUUUUGCUGGGUCGAUUGAGGAUCUCGACGCCAUGCAUCUCCCCGGAAGCCCGCUAUCCAGACGCCACUCCUCCACUUCAUCCAGCCCGGGGCUGUCCGCUAUCGUCGAGGAGCAUCUGGGCCCGGUACCCGUUCCAGAUGAGGCUAUCGAUCGCCGUCGGUCAACUCUAGUGGGGGAUGAAAAUGCGCUCGUUGCUAGUAUGGCUGUCGGAAACGUCGUGCCUCGCACUUUGUCAAUGUUACCUGGGUAUGACCCAGAGAGCUACGCCCUUCUCUCGCAUUAUCUUGCCAACACGGCCGACGUGAUGGCCAACGGCACCACUCCCAUCAACCCGUUUUUGGUCCAGAUUGUACCGCUCGCCUUUACCAGUGAUCUUCUUCUUCAGCUGGUCAUCGCCCAGAGCGCCGCGCAUCGCGCCUUUCGGCGACGUGACGAUUCCGAUGCAGUCGCCAACUCCCACUACACGAAAGCGAUCCAACUGUUUCGACACGGUGUCAACGAUUUCAUCGAAGGGAAAGAGUCGAAUCCCUUGAUGCUACUGGUUGGUGCUUUGUUGAUGUGCUUUACAGAGACUGCCAAAGGCGACAUGACGGGGACGGUCUUCGACCAUCUCUCCGCCGCUCACUCCUUACUCGUGAAAUUGCUCGAGCAAAGCGACACCGCCGUACCGAGAGAAUUAAAAGACUUUGUCAUCGAGUACUAUGUCUACACCGCGACCGUGAGCAUGAUUUCCAUUGAUGCCCGCCUGAGCGGGCAACUAUUCCUAAAUUUUGAUCUGGAGCAACGCGCUCGCGAGGUCCUUCGCACCCAAUACGUAGGCAAUCUUUGCGGCUGCUGGUUAGAACUCCUCCUUCUCAUCCCCUGCAUUUUCGAUCUCGGCCGACAGUGGAUGAUGGACGAUACCCAGCCCACCGUCCCAACCGCGGACGACAUGGCCAUGUUCGCCUCCAUCCAAGCCCAGAUCCUGCGCUGGUCGCCAUACUCUUUCGUCGAGCCCGAGGUCUACCUAGCCGGUCUAGUGUUCCAACAAGCCAUGCUCAUCUAUUUGUACACCGCUCUCGGUGGCUACAGCUACACCCCAGAUGGCAUGUACAAAGGUCUCAUACAAACGGCCGUCACCGAAGCGCUGUCCUAUCUCAGCGAGAUAUCGCCACAGGCCCGGAUCAACUCCGGUCUCUGUUGGCCGAUCGCGGUCGUGGGGUCUUGCCUGGAGAAGCCCGAGCAACGGGAGCGUCUGCGGACGCGUCUGACUGCGAUGGCAGCUCAUUUUGGUCUGGGUAACAUGCAGCGCACACUUCUACUGCUUGAAGCUAUGUGGGAACUUCCUGCGACUGAUGCUGGGCCGUGGAAUAUCUGUCGGUCGAUGCAGGCUAAGCAAAUAUGGAUUUCAUUUGCGUGAAAGCAGACUACCGCCAUGUGCGUGUGUUCAAGUUUUCAAAAGAGACUCCAGAGUCAUGAUUAAUUCUGGGAUGGAUCCGUCGCGGAUCUUUCUCGCGUCACGUACGCACUUUUGCGACCAUCAUCCAUGGUGAAGUCCAUGCUAUUCAUAAAUGAUGUAUCUUCACAUGCGACGGACAGGACGCAAAGAAGAUAUUUCCAUAGCGUCGUCGAACUGACCACUCGGAACGUGACAUUCGCGACGGAGGCACCUCUCAUUAUCGUGGCGCGGCAUUUGUUGGCCACGGUCAUCUCUUCAGGCAAUCCGGAAAAGGCGAUCGACUUCCAGUCACUGCGCACAACGCCGAUUAUGCAGAAUGUGAAACGUCCCAAGUACAGCGUCACCGCCCAAUGGUCGCUUUCCGAGCCCUCGGUCAACAGCGACAGCGCCGUGUCAAUUAAGGCGACAAUACUCGCGGGCUGAACUGCGCCAGCUGGCAAUCCAGUUUGACUUUGAAAACAACAAACAGGAUACUUGGAUCCGUGCCACACAGUCUUACCAAACAACACAUUUCGUCGUUGAUCCUAUAUACCCAGACACUUCUCUGUCUCUCGGGUACAUGGUACCCGCAUUGUUGAACGGCACGUUCCGCCCACCCCACUAGUCCGGAAAAACGACCGUGGCUAUGGGUGAACAUUCAUCCAACGAUGUAGAUGACUCUUGAGCCUAUAGCGCGAUCGCCUACUUCGAGCGGAUUGAGUCUUCUCCACUUUGGUUGAGACGGCAAAGCCUGCGUCGGUGGAAACGAUCAUGGUCAAACUUCUUCGCGGAGUACAAGGGUUGUGGUCCUGAGGGCAAUAUAGAUGUCUUUGCUGUCAUUUCAGCGCGAAUCAAGCGUGAGUCGGAUGUACACGCUAGAUGUAUACCCCGCUACGUUAGGGAUAUAGAUGUUUUCAUGGCCUCGCAACCUUCCAAGUCAACAACACGACUUAAAAAGGUGUUGGGGGUGAACGGAGUUUGUUUCAAUAAAUGAACAGAGAACAAGAAUGUACAGUCCUGAAAAUGUGGAUAUUCGUUGUGGUAAAUAUAUAUCUCAUGCAAUAAUUAAUCCAUGACAAUCCCUUUGAGCGAGUAAAGCCACCCGGGC